AUGAGAUUCGACAGCAAGAAAGAUAUUACCUUCUCUCCUCCUCCUCCUCCUCCUCCUCCUCCUCCUCUAACUCCACAAACUUCUGGGACCCUUGCAGAUAUGGUGGCAAUCACUCCUUUCACACAGCCAUCGACGUUCGCUCCGAACCUCUCUCCAUUACAGAUACGCAAGCGUCGUUCUACAGUUGGACAACGAGGACAGUCAAUUCCUCGAAAGAAUAUCAAAAUGAAUAACGAUGGGCAGAAUUCCAUUGUGGUCAAGGACUUCAGGCUUACAAGCGGUACGGGCUUUCUCGCCCAGUUUUCCGAAACAUUGCGGCUUUCACUCGAUUCAAAUAUGAAGCUCGCUCGUGACAUGAUUGGUUUGGAUGCUCUCUCUUGCAACAAUCGAAGGACUGCCGUCGUGGCAAGAUACAAUUAUGCCUUUGACUGA